ACGCACCUAUCUUGUUUAGGACAACCACAGGUCUGCGGACCACGUCCAGCAGGCGGCGCUGGCGGUCCACCUCCUGCUCCAGCGCGGUGAUGGUUUGUUCAAACAUCCCGAGGAUCUCCUGAGCAGCAGCGGCCAGGCGGUCGCUGACGAACCGACGGAGGUUCUGGACCGACGACCCGGUCGGAGACUCGGGAGAGAAAUGCAACUCAAGCGGAGCUUGUUCCAUCAUCGUUUCCAUCUUCAGCUCUUCAGGAAGUGUCACACUGUGGGAGUCCGACCUCCUUUAUCAGGACCUUGGUUCCGUCGCAUCAGCGAAUUGGUUCUUUUUGCCGGAGAAGAUGGCGGAGGUUCUCGGGUUAAAACCGCUCCAGGUGCGGAUUGAUAGGUCAAACCUUGGGGUGUAACAGCAGGUACCAGCCGUAGGGCGGCGCUAGUUCACUUUGCUGCCUCGUCGUCACCUCCGCUGGACGGGAAGAAGAAGGCUCACAGCGGAAACGGGCUCCAGCUCUGUUUGGGAUUCGCCGCGGAGAUGAAUCUGGUGCAGAACUCAUCGGAACCGAGGAUGAAAACGGAAGAUCUACCCUCUGACGUGCUGCAAGUGAUCAUCGGCGAAGCAGCGUCGGAGGAGUGGCGCUGCAGUCUGGACCAGGAGGAACCACAUACUCCAUACAUCAAAGAGGAAGAGGAGGAUCAGUUCCUCACCAGGUUCACUUCUGUUCACGUGAAGAGAGAAGACGAUGAAGCUCAGAGCUCCCAGCUACACAAUAUCAAAACAGAACCAGCAAGGGGCAACUGUGGAACACCAGACCAGCAGAGGGCGAUCACUUCUGAAUCUGACACUGACAACAGUGAGGACUGGAGGGAAACCAGUGGGAGCGGCUCGGGUCGAAAGUCUGUCACGGGGAAGGGAGAAGAGAGUCUGGACUGGACUCAGUCCUCCAACACUCAGGCCCCCUCGAAGACACUCCAGGACUCUGCUGAGAAACGCUUCAGCUGCAGUGUCUGCGGGAAGUGCUGGGCCGAGAAGUCAGACCUCAACAAGCACAUGAAGAUCCACUCUGGAGAGAAACCCCACGUCUGCUCAGUGUGCCACAAAGCAUUUGUUAGCAAGUCGGACCUGACCAAACACGCCAGGAUCCACACUGAGAAGAAACCAUUUUGCUGCUCCACUUGUGGAAAGAGCUUCUCGCUGAAGCAGUACUUGAGCAAGCACGUGAAGCAGCACUCGCUGGAGAAAUCCUUCUGCUGUUCCGACUGCGGUAAGAAGUUCCAGCGGCAGGAGUACCUGACGCAGCACCUCAGGUACCACAGGGAGGAGAAGCAGUUCCGCUGCCCACUGUGCCAGAAAACCUUCCUGGAUGAGAAGAUUAUGACCAGGCACAUGAAGAGUCACAGCCUAGAGAAACCCUACAGCUGCAAUGUGUGUGAAAAACACUUUGUGGAGAACUCAGACCUGAAGAAGCACAUGAGGAUCCACUCGGGAGAGAAACCUUUUGUCUGCUCUGUCUGCAGCAAAGCUUUUGUGGGCUCCUCGGACCUCAACAAACACUUGAAGAUCCACAGUGGGGAGAAACCUUUCAGUUGCUCCUUCUGUGAGAAGGGUUUCACAGAGAAAGCAUACUUGAGGAAGCACUUGCGACUACACACUGGGGAGAAACCCUUUAGCUGCUCCUUUUGUGACAAGAAGUUUAAUGAGAAUCGAUACCUGAAAACGCACUUGACGACACACACAGGUGAGAAGCCUUUUAGUUGCAGCGUGUGUGAGAAGAAGUUUGCCUGGAAGUACCAAGUGAAGAGUCACAAGUGUCUGUUGAAUCCAGAGCCCAGAGUCAUGAUCACAACAACGUAGAGGUCACCAUGCAGGCGGUCAGAGUCUGGGAUUAGGUCUCAGCAUGUUGAGCUGAAGACCUGAAAAGACAAUUAAACCACUGAAGAUGUUUGUGAUGCUGAGGAACGAUGUGGCGUCAUGAGGCCUGAGUGUGUCAAGAACAGAAUAAUGACAAAAACGUGAUUCUCGCUUCUUCCUGUGAAGUCAUGAAAAAUCACUUGACUCUUGAGCCUGAUGGACACAGUGAUAAUUCUUUUUGCUGGGUUUCCAUCUUUGUUCAUUUUUGAGGACCGCAAGCAACUCAUGAUGACGGCUUGUUCAGAUGUUUUGUCGGCCAAUGACUCCAGCUCUGUCCAUCAACCAUCCCAGUCUGGUCCUAGCUCACCAGAGGAGACCAUGAAGAUGUUGGAGAUGGUCCUAGUCUUAUUUCUGAGCAGAAGCUGGACAAGACCCAGGACUGAGACAUGUGGCGACCCACAGACGACACACAAAGAACCUCAUCUUGGUGUCUCUUGAUCGGGUGAUGCCCCAGGACAGACUUCAGACAAGAGUGAGAGAUUGUAUCUCCCCUCUGGCUUGGGAACGUCUCACAAUGUCUCACACUCUACAACUACAAAUUUGUCUCCAGUCGGGACCAGGACCACUUGAGUCAGAAUGGAAAGCUAGACAGAAACCGAGCACUUAGUCUGCUCAAGCCUGGGGUCUUCAGUGAUGAAGUGUUUGUUGCUACAUUCAUUAAACAAAGAUUUGUCGUUGCUUUUGUUGUUUGGGAGUAAAAAAGUAAAAAAAUAUAUAUAUAGUAGUAUAUAAGAGUAUAUAAAAUCUGAGAACUCAUUUUUCUGUUUUUUUCAGCGUUGCUGAAACGUCAGGUCAGAUCCACAGCUCUGAUGCCUCAUCCUUACAAUGAAUAGCCCAUAAUUACACCCCAGCCCACAUUUCCUUUGAUCUCUUCCUUCUGCUGUCUCCCAGUCGGCAAAAUAUUGUGCAUAGGCAAGGUCUGAGCUGCCGUCGAGGCCCACAACCUCUCAUGCCAAGUUUGUUUUCUAUAAUA